CUGAAUGCGUGAAGCAAAUGGCUUAAAAAUUAGCAGGAACUCCUACAAGUCGAAUAACAGUGUAUUAGGAGCAAAGUCAGUGGUCACGACGGGUGAUAAGGAGUGGAAGAGGUCUGCAAUGAGUACUGAGACAACGAUGCAAAGGACAGCGAUGAAAGCAAGCAGUAUACAAAGACAAACGAAGGAAGAGCAAGAACGUAAAAGACAACAUGAUAGCGAGAGUGCAAACAAACCAAUGCAGAAGAAAACAAACCAAGACGAAUAAGAUAAAAGAAAAUCACCGAGUACUUUUACGCACAGAACCUCUCCCUCAUACCCCAUCAAGCCCUUCACACUCUAUACCCGUCACCGUACCCACCUCGCCAGCCGGACUUAUCUUCAUCGUUCCAUGUCUUCAUCCACACCGUCAUCCAUGUCCUGAUCCUCGUCUUCUUCAUACUCACUGUACUCUCGACCCUCACGCCGAUUCCUCCGCACAUCAGCGUCAGU